AAAGCUGUCCAGAGAUCAGACGAGUAUAUCUGCCUUCCAUUCGCCCCUCGGCACGGACUAUAGACUCUAGAUAUCCGACCAUCACUAGAUGGGCAGAAACAUCGCUGCGCCCAUCUAUACUCUGACGCGCACAAAGACGCGCAACCUCUCCAUCCGUCUGUCACUCUGGAGAGCGCUCCCGAUGAACGCGCAUCUGAUCGGAGAACAUCAGUGGUGAAGAGUUCAAAUCAGUCACACUGACCUGAGAGAUCAUACCAUAUAAUCGCGGACUGUUGGUUUUCCACAAAUGCGCCUUUGCGUGGAUGUGUGCUGGCUUUUGCAAGAGUUUAACAUCAGUUAAGCUUACCUGGAGGAAUGUGUUGGAAUAUCUUGUUUAUUUUCUGGAUGGAGGGACACCAGUGCGCUCCUGCUAGACGCGCAUAGGAACAAACUAAACACCAGGAACUUCAUCCUUCUUGUGAAAGUCAAACCUGCACGUUCUUUUGAACUGGAAUUAAGGAUUUUGACCAGCGUUUCGUCGAACUAACUGCGAGGAGACUGAGCUCGCAUAGAUAAAGGUAAUGAGGGAUCGCACCUGAAGAUGGAGCUUUUCUGGAUUUUAUUAUUUUCGGUCCUCCACCGGUACACACAAGCGCAAGGGGUUUAUGCUCCUGCAAAUGCUCAAAUCGUGCAUUCUGGCCAGGCAUGUGUGGUAAAGGAGGACAACAUCAGUGAAAGAAUCUACACCAUCAGAGAGGGAGACACAUUAGUUCUUCAGUGCCUGGUCAAAGGACACCCACGGCCACAGGUGCGGUGGACCAAGACAGCAGGCAGUGCCUCGGAGAAGUUCCAGGAGACAUCUAUCUUCGAUGAGACUCUACGGAUCCCCAACAUUCAGAGAGUGCAGGGCGGCCGCUACUACUGCAAGGCUGAGAAUGGGGUGGGGGUGGCUGCCAUCAAGUCCAUUCGCGUAGAUGUGCAGUAUCUGGAUAAGCCCAUGCUCACAGUGCACCAGACUGUGGGUGAUGUACGAGGGAACUACUAUCAGGAGAAAACUGUGUUUUUACGCUGUACGGUGAACUCCAAUCCUCCCGCACGCUUUAUCUGGAAACGGGGAAAUAGACAGAUCGAACAGAGCAAAGACAAUGGAGUGGACAUCUACGAGCCUCUGUAUACACAGGGUGAGACAAAGGUGCUUAAACUGAAGAAUCUUCGUCCUCAGGAUUUUGAUAAUUACACCUGUCAGGUGUCCGUACGGAAUGUGUGUGACAUUCCAGACAGCUCCGUCACCUUUCGUCUCACCAACGCUACAACACCUCCUGCUCUGAAGCUGUCUGUGAAUGAGACCUAUGUGGUGGACCCAAGCCAAGACGUCACGCUCUCCUGCGAAGUAACGGCAGGGUUUCCCACACCUACGGUGACCUGGUCGCGGUACCCUGGGUCUCUCCCGCGGCGGUCUGUGAUUCGAGGUGGGUCCCUCACUUUGUGGUCCGUCACUCCUGAAGAUGCUGGCGUCUACAACUGUACCGCCAUCAACAAUGUCGGGAACCUCGCGAGAAGAACCGUCAACCUCAUUGUGAGAACCAUGAAGAACUUAACAUUCCAGAUCACCCCGGACUCCAACAAAGACAGCGAGAGUAUACAGAUGGGUCGAGACCUCAAACUGUCCUGCCAUGUUGACGCCCAGCCUCAGGAUAAGGUGAACUACACUUGGUACAAGAAUGGAGCUGUCAUCUACCCCACCGACACCCUGAUUGUGCUCCGCAGCGACCCAGACAUGCCACCUGGUACCAGCAGCCUUGAAAUCGUGGACAUGAAGUUCAGAGAUCAGGCCACGUACAGCUGCGUCGCAAACUUUCCAGGGAGCAGCAUUCCUGAAAUGCGUGUAGACGUCAACAUCACGCAGAGCAGCGUCAUUCCCCCUGUUCUGAGUUUGCCAGUUGGAGGGGGUGUGGUUAAUGCCAGUGAGGGCGGUACUGCAGAUCUUGUGUGUUUGGUGGAGGGUAAGCCCCGCCCACCCAUUCUCUGGUCUCGUGCCAACAAGGACCUUCCCAUGCCAUCAGGGGAUUGGGUGGUGGAGACUCGUGACGGACGUUUGCGACUGACUAAUGUGACGCGGGAAAUGAUGGGAGCGUAUCGCUGUCAAACUGCACCUUACAAUGGCCUAAACAUCAAACGUAGACAGACACAAGUGCAACUCAAUGUGGAAUACCCUCCUGUUGUGGAUCCAGUUUUGAUGGACGUUCGUUCUCCAACCUUCCAAAUGGUCAACCUGCGCUGUGUGGUUCUGAAGUCCAAUCCAAACCGAAUAGCCAGUGCCCGCUGGUACUGCAAUGGCAUGCCCAUCCGAACCCCACCGGUGGACCCACAAAGUGUUCCUCAGCUCCGGUUCAAACUGGACCCAAAUAAUAAUGGCACUUAUGAGUGCAGAGUUAGUAAUGGAGUUGGUACAUCAACCUGCACCUUCAAUGUUUCUGCUCAGCCAUUUAAUGCAGAAUUUUACUACGACACGCCAAAUCCCAUUCGCACCUUGAAGAACAAUUAUUCCUACAUCUUACAGUGGACACAGAGAGAGCCCAGUGCUGUGGACAAAAUCAUCGGCUACUGGAUCAACAUCAAACAGAACACACAGACGAUUUUGUCCAAGCAGAUCACCACUAAAGAGCCAUUGAAAGGUGUUCUGAUGACCUACACGCUCACAGACUUACGUAUUCCCCUGUCAUAUGAGGUCAGCCUCAGUCCUGUAACCAGUUUUGGGAGGGGAGACACCGUCACACGCAGCAUACAGUACUCAGAGCCCUACACUUACCCACGACCUUCAGAUCACAUAUGUGGGUUCGAAGAUGUGCGGAUAUGUGGGUACACUCAAGACCGCAGCGAUGUGUUUGACUGGACCAGACAGAACCAUUUCACUCAGAACCCCAAACGCUCGGUUAACACAGGGCCUGAUAUGGACAGGAGUGGGACAAAAGAAGGCUAUUACAUGUACAUCGAGACGUCGCGGCCACGUCAGGCAGGGGACCGAGCCCGUCUUCUCUCUCCCCUCUACAACGUGACAGCUGCGCGAGGACCAUCAGGGUCCACCAGAGCUCCCUACUGCAUCUCCUUCUACUACCACAUGAACGGAAAACAUAUCGGAACACUCAAUGUUCUGAUGAGGGUGAAGAGUAUAGCAGUUGUGGAUUCUGCUAUCUGGACUCUGUCGGGACAACAGGGGCCAGAAUGGAGGAAGGCAGAUGCUGUAAUCUAUCCAAGUGGACCAUUCCAGGUGGUAUUCGAAGGUAUCCGUGGAAACGGCUUUGAGGGAGACAUCGCUAUUGAUGACGUUUCCGUUACCAAGGGGAAAUGCAAACAGCAGGAUAAUGUGGACAAAACAGCAGUACUCUCUGGGACAGACCAGCGUCUUCAUCUUCUUCCUGUUAGCAUCCAUCUCAUCAGCACCAUCUGUCUGACACUCCUUCUCAGAUGAUACUGACAAACCCGCGCACACACGCCUACGUAGGAUGCCUCCCGUGGCAGCAAUAAGAAAACUGCCCAACGUGUGACCACACUUCCCGCUGCUGCCUUCCUCAUGCUCGUUUCCUCCUGUGUUUCCUGUUUCCCAUGCUUAUGUCCUUUUCCAAGACUGCAAUCAUACUUCAACUUUACAAUGUUCUUUUUCUUUACAUUUACACAUACGGCAGUUGCUUUUAUUUAAAGCAACUUGCAUUGCAAUCAAAGUAUACAUUUUAUCAGUUGGUGUGUUCCCUGGAAUUCGAACCCAUGACCUUGGCGUCGCUCGAGUUGCAGCUGAGCUUAAAGAACACCUAUGCUUUCUAUGUUAACAUGAGCACUGCUUCUACUUGCUAUGUGGCACCUUUAUUACAACUUUUGUGUUUUAUAAAAGCAUAACCUCAGUUAAUAUUGUGCAGUUCCAUCCAUACAUCUUGUCACCUCUGCACUGUACAUCCUAAAUCAUUCUGUAUCCUCCGUGUAUGUAUCUGACACGCCAAAGUGUCAACUCUGUUACCAAAGAUGACGGAGGGCUUACAGGAUGGAUGGACAGCUAAGAGAGACACAAGAAUUCUCUUUCUCCAAAUAAACUACCCCUUCCAUUAAGUAAAGUGCAUGGAGAUUUGAUUUCCUUAGGAUGUUGGUUCAAAUAGCAAGGAAUGAUCUGAGCAGGAAUGGACAAAUGAAGCAAGGAUGGUCACGAUGUUAGCAGCUUAAUACUGAUGAUCUGACUUGUAUAUCCACUUGUAUUUGAUAUAUUGGAAUGUCGAGCUGCAGAAUACACAAAUGGACUUCAACUGCAACUUCUGGGACUACAACAAUGUGAAACUAAAGAAGCACAAAUUUAGAUAUUUUUUGGUCAUUUUUGGUUCCUUUACCUGGUAUUUUGUUGGUCUGGAUUCACUGUUCACUUCUUGUCCUUUGGCUUUCUUUACCAGCCAACGUAUACCACUGCUGCAUUGCCGAUUGGUAAUUAGAGGUGUAGAAGGUGGUCUUGAAAACAGUACAAUGUAAACUUUAGCGUAGAAAGGCAAUUACCUCACCCUCGAUAUACAAGAUCCAUAAGCCACCUGGACAAACUGUGAGAACGAUCACUUGAGCAUCAACUUUAGCAUCAUACCUCUGAUUAGAUCACAGACACUGCAAUGAAAGGACCGAAAGAUUGACAACUCUGGAAGCCAAACUGCAGUCUUGGGGUUGAUGAUGAAGAAUGUCAUUUAUAUGUUGUUAGAGAGAAAGUGCAUGUACAUGCAAAAUUCAGUGGGUUGCCUUUGAAAAACAUUGGUUUGAAAUUUUAAGAUGGCAGCAAGCAGUCUUGACGUUGAGAAAGUGAACUGUUUUGAACACAUUAAUCUAAAGGACACACAUUUGUUGACGCAUCUUCAUUAAUGCUGCAUUCCAUUCAACAUCCGCACUAAUAAAUUUUUGUUUCAGAAAUUCGUUUUUGCUUUCUUAACAUCAUCGUUUUAUGUAAUGGAGAGCAUUUUCAAUAUGCGUCAUUUUUGGUGGAGUAAAACGCCAUUCAAGUGGGGAUGAGAGUCAUAAAUAGCUAAAUCAAUACGUUUUCAAAUGAAAAUGUAUUAGUGUGGAUGUGGCCUCUGAGAGUAGAACAUUCCAACAUCUUAUGUGAAAAGAUGCAAUAGAAUAGUUCAAACUUGAAAAUGUGCUUGCAAAAGCAGAAUGAUGGCUCGCAAACAUGGCGGCACCC